GUAUGAGACAAACAAUUAUUUUUGCUUGGAAAAAGCGCGCAUUCAUUUCUCACAUCUCACUUUAAUCUUCCCUCCAAUCCAAAAGACACACUGUAGAUGAGGGUUAAUCCGUAAAAUAAUGAUUUCCCGUGCUCUAAAAUACAUCGUUUUCUACGUAUUCCUCAUUUACAUUUUCUAUGGAAUUGAUCCAUCAGAAAAUGCAGAAAAGGAGGUGGAUGAAAUGAUGUUGGGUAAUGACGUAUUCUUAGAGUCGCUUUACCAAAGUGAGAAAAGUGGCUUCAAAGAUCUACCCAAUUACAGACUCUGGCGAGACCAAUCUUCAAGGAAAAUUAUUCCUCUAGAGAACCAUGCCCUUUCAUCAAAAGGGGCAGUUGUAGACACAGAACCUAAAUUUGCUGGCGUGUUCAAGCUUCGGUUCGCAAACUUCAGCUGGGAAUUACCUUUGUUUAAAAUUGCCGAAGAUAGCUCUCAAAUCUUGAAACAUGAACAGAGAGUAAAGUUGCAACCUAUUGUUUUCUCUACCAAAAACUUAAUGGUCAAAAUUUCGUUUCUUGAUGCCAAACAAAUCAGCCUAAUUGCAUUAGCUCUUCCCAGAGAUGUAUCAGGCCGGCCCACUCAUAUCUCUGUUGAGGUACAAAACGAAUGGUUCAGUCGAACAAUUCCCAAAACUGGAUGCCUUUUUCAGUUUCCCAUUGAAAACAUGCCCUCAAAGGUCAAGGUAGUGCAUAUUAACAUCAAGAAUGAAAAUGACAAUACUCUGGUGGUGAAUGGACUCGCUGUCUACGGUCCUGUUCAACAGAUAUGAAUAAAUUUUUAAUUUAAAUGAUUCAAACCUAUAAUAUUGUAAUACCUGAUUUUACAGAACAUGCUUAUAUGCAUUUUAUUAAGUUGUUUCUGAGGCAAUGCAGGCUGAUGAAGUGUAUUGCUUUCAUUGUAUAUCUCUGCAUGUCCAUAUAAAUUAAUGUUGGAAAAUGCACACAAGCCUAGCUUUUUCAAUUUUAAAAUAAUGGUUUGCGAUAAAUCCA